AUGUCUGCCCUACGGCUGUGUGCUUGUGAAGACAUCUAUCAUCCUAGCGAUCUAUAUAGUAAUAAAUUCAAUCGUAUUUCUUUCAUUCGGACUGAUCGCCUUCUUCUUGCUGAUUAUUCUUCUCAUUCUUGCUGCUUAAUCUUUUUCUGCUUAGUCUUUUACUUUUCCGGCUUUUUUUCUGAUUUGUUAUUCGUUUUUAUUCAUAUUCUUUUUUUCAGUUCAUUCAUGUUUUAUUGUUUUUGUACUUUUACGUCCUUUUCUGCUUCUUUAUCUUAUAUUUCCUUUCUUUUUAUUCUUUUUCGUUUUGCUUCUUUCUUUCUACUGUUCCCGCUUUUUUUUCUGUCACAAUUUAUUCUUCGUCUUUAUCGACUUCUACCUCUGCUUCACUUAGCAUCUUCUUCUAAAUUUGUUUCAUUUAUCAUUUCCUCCUUCUUCAUUUUACCAUUUAUUUCCUCUUUUUCUGUUCUUCUUCUGUGCUUUAUUUUGUUCUACCUCUCCUUUUCCUCCACCUCCUCCUCCUCUUCCUCCUCCUCCUUCUUCUUCUUCUUUUGGGCUUUAUUUUCUUCUUUUUGCAUUUUCUUCUUAGUCUUUUUUAUUUUCCUGUUUUCUGAUUCGUUGUCUUCGUCUUCUUCAUGUCUUCAUUUUUCUUCUUUUAUCUCAUUUAUGCUUCUUUUUCUUCUAUUUCUUUUCUUUUUAUAUUUUUCAUUUUCGUUUCUCAUCUUUUACCGCUUCUUUUUAUCUCCUUCUUCUUCGUCACCGUCUCCUGUCUAUGUUUCACUUUCCCUAUUCUACUUCAGCAUUUCCUUUAUUUCUCUUCUUCUUCUACUUCUUCUUCUUCUUCUUCUUCUUCUUCUUCUUCUUCUUCUUCUUCUUCUUCUUUCAUUUUAUUUUGUUCUGCUACUGCAUCUGCUUCAUUUUUCCCUUUUCUUCUUCUACUGUCUUUGCUUAAUUUUCUUUAUGCAGAAUUCAUGGACGUUUUUGUUAGAAGUGAAAAAAUUCUACUUCUUCUUCUUCACUUCCUCCUCCUCCCCCUCCUUCUUCUUCUUCUCAUCUUCCUCUUCAUACUCCUCUCCUUUUCUUCUUCUCACCCCCACCUCCUCUUUCUUCUUCUUCUUCGUCUUCUUCUUCUUCUUCUUCUUCUUCUUCUUCUUCUUCUUCUUCUUCUUCUUCUUCGUCGUCUUCGAUCAAUUCAUUUUUUACCGUUUUUUUUCUCUCUCCUUUUCACCGUUAUUAUUUCUUUGA